AAGGUAUUUUGUUACCUCAGGUGGUGGAUCAUUACGUACCUGUGUCAAUGGUCACGGUCUGUUGCGCAUUCAUACCUGGCAAAUGGAAUCGCCCGCUUUACAUUUUUUUAACAUAGAUCUCGAGGAUCGAAGUCAAUGAGAACGGAUAGGUCUCGCCGUGAAUUAAGGGAAAGAUUAUACCUGUGGACACAAAUUUUUUAGAAGUUUUCUCUAUAAGUGGAAUUGUUAGAUUUCUAAUUCAGUGUAACUACCUGUGAGAAUUAUUGUGUGAGAGUGUGUUGUUAUGGCCUGUUAAUUCAGGUAGUCUGUGUGAGAACUCGGCGAGGAAUCAUGGCAGUUGUGACGGCGGAAGCGCAGGCCGUGGAGCGGGGGUACCAGAGACUUUCGUCCCUGUUUCGCCCUACCCUGACGGAGGGGAACUCUUGUCACAGGUGUAAAGUACAGGUGUACCACGCCGAGAAAGUCGGUCCAGUACACGAUGUGGUGUUCCAUAAAAACUGUUUCAAGUGUUCUGUCUGCGGACAGUUCCUGACAAUAAAGAACUACUUUUCCAAUCCAACAAAUGCUUCCGAUCGCGAGGUUUAUUGCGGGACGCAUGUCCCCCGGAUCGGGGGCUCCCACAUGGACCAAGGAGCUAUGGGAAUCCGAAAUGCUAUUGCCAGUCAGAAUGCAUACACAAAGAUGAGCAAGAAAUUGAACUCUGAAGUUCGUUUGGCAGGGACACUUAGAAAACCAAACUACAAUUAUGAGGCGGUGGCUAUCAAACGCGCCACCACCGUACCUAAAAAGCAAGACCACGUGGCGGAGCGCACCACCGCGGCGGCUAUUCAUAAGGGUGCCGACAUAAGCUCAGAUGCACUCUACAUAAAAGGUCCAAUUGAGGCACAACUUAUGCGGCAGGGUUACCAACGCAAACUCGACAAGCAUCACUACCCCCCGAACAUUUAUAAGAAGCGGAAGAAGCUUAUCGAAGAACAGCGCCGUCUGGAGGCUGAGUACAAGCGAGAGGAAGACCGCUUGUUAGACGAAUUCCAGAAUGAGCGGAAACAGGAAGUACGCCGUUUGUCGGCGGAAUUACAGCACGAAUGGGAGAUCAAACUUAAGGAGCUCACGGAGAAAUUUGACAAAGAAUUUGGACCAAAAAAGAAAAAGAUGAAAGAGAAUGAAAAAAAGCAAAUGACGAUCCACUUUGAGAAUAAGAAGAAAGAGAUCGAAGUCAUCAUUCAAGAGAAGAAGAAAAAGAAGAAGGAAUCGAUGACUCUGAGGCUGAAGGAGAAAGAACAGAAGAAAACGGCAACGAUGGUAGCGCGACAGAGCCGCGAGAUGUUGGAGGUACUCGCCCAGAAACAGGAGGAACUCAAAGAGGAAUUAAAGCAGGAAAUUGUGGCGGAGAAUAAAAUGGAAAAUGGGACAACGAACGGAGAAACGGAAGAAAUUGAGGAAGCGCUGGAGGCUUUAGAGAUCAUUCCCGUGGCGCCUGCAGAAAUUCCUUCUCCUCAUCCCCCAUCCUGCCGGAAAAAGGACCUCUAUGUGGACCCCUCACAAUUUAACGACAUUGACGAACAAACAAUUAAGGUUGCGGAAAAUGAGCAACCAACGUACACAGAUCUGGUUCAGCAACUGACGGAAAAUCUGGUCACCGACCUGGAGAAAGUCCGGGCCAUAUAUCGCUGGAUUACGGUGAAGGACCUGAACGUGAUGGAAUUUGAGGAAAUCAUAGAAACGGACACACCCAUGGGGCUCCUCAGGGGAAUUAAAUACGGGACGGAGACCUACCAUGUGCUCUUUAUGAGACUUUGCAGUUAUGCAGGCCUCCAUUGUGAAGAGAUCAAAGGUCAUUCUAAGAGCGUGGGAUAUGAGCCUGGAAUGAAGAUCAAACCCGAGCAGUUUCAGAAUACUUGGAAUGCCGUGCUCGUUGAUGGAGACUGGCGACCGGUGCAAUGUAACUGGGGAGCAAGACACUUGGUACUGAACAAAGACAAGAAAGGUAAGGACAGACCAAAGCCUAAGAGCAAAGACCAGAUCCGUUACCAAUAUGACGAGCACUACUUUCUAACGGACCCGGAUGAAUUUAUUCAGGAAUUCUGGGCCUCGGAUCCCAAAUGGCAGCUUUUGGAAAACCCUAUUACCCUAGAGCAAUUUGAGGCACUGCCUUUUGUCCGCUCCAUUUUCUUCCAUUAUGGAAUGAGGUUUGACAAAAGUAUGCGUGCUGUUCUGGAAACUUCCGAGAAAGGUGGAACGGAAGUGAAGAUAAAGAUUCCAGAAGAACAUGAAAAUGAUUUGGUGUAUUACUAUCAGAUGAGGUAUGCAGACAAGGAGAAGAGGCUUGAGGCAACAUACAAGGGUGCAAAUCUAGAAAGAUUUGUAUUCCAAACCAUGCUCGACAACACUGUCAUGUUUAGUAUUCACGUUCCUGCGGUUGGCGAAUAUUUCUUUGAAGUGUUUGCAAAUAAAAUAGAAGAUAGCAAUAGACUUAUAAACGCUGAGGAGACCGCGGGUGGGUCCAUAUCGCCCUUCAGACUGAAGUGUACUUGUAAGUUUAAGGUGGUUUGUAACUCUCUUAAUGGCAAAAUGUAUCCUCUUCCUGACUGCGCCUCGGGGGAAUGGGGACCAAAGAAAGCGUAUCGACACUUUGGUUUACAGGUACUUCAAACGCGACAGAGAAAAUCCAGCAAAAGUCGGUCAUCGCCCGACUCUGCUGAAGGGGACAAAUUGUCGGACAGUGGAAGUUCUACUGGGGAUGAUCCGCCUGAUAACCCAAAGGCAGGGAUUCUGAACGUAGAGGACAGUCUUGAUAUCAAAUUGAAGAUGCCACGCCCCCUACAAGUAGUUGCCAAGCUUAAAAUGAAUAAUGUGGAUACCAAGACGCUGGAUACUUUCAUCAGCACAAAUAUAGAAAAAGACCUAAUUCAUAUCACGGGGACACUUCCGCAGACUGGUCAGUACGGGCUGGAUAUUUACGGGCGUCCUAAGGAGGCUGGAGAGAGCACGACAUUAUCUCAUGCCAUGAAGUAUCUCAUUAACUGCCUGAAAGUCACCAAUCCGGUGGAGCUCCCUAAAAACGCAGAGAAACAGAAUUCUGUGAAAAAGGAAAAGUGGGGCGCCCAACAGAAUUUUGAAUCCUUGGGCAUCAAAGCUGUAAACCCUAAAGAUCCGAAGAUAACAUUGACUGAAGUAAACACGUGUACAGUCGAAAUCAUUGUGCCUGAUGACGUCAUAUUGUCGCACCAAUUCCUCAGAGAGCCGGACACUGACGUCAAGGAUCGCGUGGCCAUGUUGCCGGAGAAAAACGGGACGAUUAAAUUCCACAUUGAUGUUCCAAAGACUGGGAACUACAUGUUGAGUCUAUUUGGACGACGAAAGGAUGACGACGAGAUGCCAAAUAUUUACAAUUACCUGAUUGUUUGCAAGAAAGGGGAGACAAAUUCGACUCAGCAGAAAGAAGAACGCCGGGGAUCAUCGAUUUUCAAAAAGGGAUUCUUCAAAAAGAGUGAAAAAAAGUAAUAGACUCAUUCACCACCAAAAAAAUUCCUACUACACAAUCAACAUUACUGCCAUUAAAUCCUGAUGGGAAUUUAUCUACCUGUAAGCACUGCGUCUCGCAGUUACAUUUUAUCCUCGAGGAAGGACCAAAUUGUGUAAAGUAUAUUUUUCUUCUUCCUUAUUUAUGGAUUGUACUUCGGAGAAUCUCUUUAUCCUUUCUCGAUUCAGCGAGUUCCUUGGCAGGCGGAACGUGCCUUUAGUCUGACCGGUGUGACGAACAAUUAUAUAUCAUUAUAUCCAUGACGCUUACUAAGAGAUAUUAACAAACCAGUGUGAUAUUAAUCUGCAAUGAAUUAUGUGAUACGUAAUUAUUAUAUAUCCCCAUACUGGCUCACGUAAAAGUAAUGUAAUAAAUGAAAAUAUCAACGAAAUUAAAACAUUUUAAUGUCCAUUUUCCACAAUGCAACACGCAUUACUGUAAUGGGACGUUGGCUAAAUAGCUAAUGAUCUGACUUUGAUAAAUUUAAGAUUUAGGAAGCCAUUUUCUGUGAACCACAGCAUUAAAGCUCCGUCUUUCUUGCUAGUAUUUAAUGUCUAGUACGUUGCUUACAAGUGCCUGAUAUUACUUGUACCUAAGAUAUUGUAUUUUUUUCUGGAUAUUUAUCUAUUCUGUUUUUGUAUUUACCAAAGAGAGGAAAUAUCUAAUGAUUAAUAUAUUUGUGUCGUAUAUAUUUUCCAUUGGAAGUAAAACGUACUUUGUUCAAUUCCAUAAGAAUAAAACAGUUGCAAUCAA